AUGUCCUCAUUCGACUUCGAGCUGCCCAGCAGCCCUCACCUCCCCAUCCUCCUCGCCAUCUCCCUAAUCCUUCUAUUCGCCUACCUCUUCACCUCCAGACGAUCCGUUGCGCUCACUCCAACCAGCCUCUCAGCACCACCACCUCCCCCCCUCGUCGAUCCGACCCGCCUUCCCUCCAAACUGGAUCGAACCAAUGUCCGCGAUACAUUCCUCGCCUGUCGCUCGCUCAACGGAUCCGUCUUUCGCGCGCUCGAGCCCAACUUCGCCACCAUCACGUACAUCGGCGACCCGCUCACCAUCAAGGACAUCAUCGACCGACCCGACAGCUUCGACAUCUCCUCGCUUCACACCGCUGCGGCACCCAUGUGGAACAUCUCGCUCCCUGCAGGUGUCUGGUUCGCCCACACGGGCGGUCAGGCGACGCUUCAACAUUCAUCGCAUCUGUUGUCGGGAUCGAGACUUGCUUCGUUGCAGCAGAGGUUCGUCGCUGGAUUCAAGAAGGAAUUCGAUGGGAUAGAGACGGGUGACAAGGCGGAUAUGUUCCGGUUGCUCAGCGAGUGCUUUUUCCAGGCGACGGUGGAGGCCUUGUUCACGACGAGUUUCCCGAGAGGAGAGUAUGAUGGGUUUUUGAAGUGGGAUAGAGAGCUGAACCAGUUCUGCAUGGCGUGUCCCUCACCCGCUGGCGUAGCUGCAAGGGAUCGUUUCUACAGCUUGGCUGCACAGCAGAUCGACGAACAUCUCAGCGAAUGCUCUCUGCAGGUGAGAGAACAGCUCAACGACGUCAAGAACAAGCACGGUCAAUCCCACGCCGAUGCAGUCGGUGUAGUCCUACGCACCGCUUGGUUGGGCAGCACGCAAUCACCCUUGAGCGGUGCCUGGUUACUGUGCAGCCUCUCCCAAAACCCGGAAAAGAGGAAAAAGGUCCGAGACGAGGUGCGGGUCCUGAAGGACAAGUUGGGAGUGAGCAACGUGGAGGAGAUCGCAUCGAAUCCGGAAAUGAUGAAGGGAGACAACUUGCCGGUGUUGGAUAGCAUGGUCCAGGAGUUGUUGCGGGUGUAUAGUGCUCAGAACGUGCCGAGGAUGUGUCUCAAGGAUACGGUGGUGAGGGCGAUGGAUGGUCCGGGAAGGAUCAAGCGCUACCAGUUGAAGCAGGGUGACAUCCUCCAGCUGCUCUUCUGGAACGUACACGAUGCACAGCUCAAUCCCGAGUGGUGGCCGGAAGAGGGCGGAAAGGGGGAAAAAUUCAGAGGCACGCUCGAGACGUUUGACGAGACACGGUUCGAUAGACAUUCAGGGACAACAAAAUUGGACGGUGAAACGGUCAAGACUUGGACGCCGUUCGGGUACGGUGCGAGGGUGUGCCCAGGGAGGUAUUGGGCAGUGGCAGAGAUCAAGGCGUUUGUCAUGCUGUUCUUGGAUCGAUUUGAUGUGGAGGCGAAGGGGGAGAUGCCAAGACCGGAUCCGAUGAGGUGGGUCGGUGUCUUGCAUGCCAUGGACGCCAUGCCUGCCACGGUGACGGCUCGAAGCUGA